UGACUUUCUGUGCUUUUCACAAGACCGAGCACAGAUACACAUCAUAACAAGCAGUGUGCUGCCGACCGACCAGCACACAGCACGGCGCGUCCUUUUAUUGGCUCUGGAGAGCGGCUCUGACUGCUGACCGGCCUGACUUCACCGCUGCCGGGGAACAAGUCGACGAGCCUCCGCUCUGCACUUUUCUCUGGAGAGAAACGGUCCUCGGAGGACACCUGCAAUGAGGCUCCCCGCGCUGCUGCUGCUGCCCUCCUUCGGGCUGAUGACCUGCACUGUGGUUUUAAUGGUGUCGCUGUUCGGGUCCUGUCAUGCAGCACCGACCUCCGAUCAGCCCGGGCUGGUGUUUAUGGAGCACUUGAACCGUCCAGGGCUCGGCUUCAACUGGAGGAACCUCACCUGUCCACUGUGCAAAGCCCUCUUCACCAUCCUAGAUAUUGCACUUCUGAGCGAUGCAAAUGAAGAGCGAGUGGCUCGUGCAGUAGGGGAGGCAUGUAUCCGUCUUCAUCUGGCUGAUGAGCAGGUGUGUCGAGAAAUAACAGAGUUGUUCAGGGAUGACUUAAUCCGAGCUCUGCAGCAGUCCUUGCUUUGGCCCACUGAGGCGUGCGGCGUGCUGGUGGGCCCUUCCUGUGGAAAAUUUGACAUCUAUGCGUCCUGGAACAUCACCCUGCCAAAGGUCCCUAAGCCCCCUGUUACACCACCUUCUCCUCCCAAGGCUGGUUCUCCACAAAGCAGGAUCCUCUUUCUAACUGACAUCCACUGGGACAAGGAAUAUUUAGCUGGCAGUGCUGCAGACUGCAAGGACCCUCUGUGCUGUCGUAAAGACUCAGGUUCUCCCAGCUGGAGGCGGAGGGAGGCUGGGUACUGGGGAACCUACAGUAAAUGUGACCUGCCUCUACGAACAGUGGAGAACCUCCUGGAAAAUGCUGUCAAGGACGGGCCCUGGGACUGGGUGUACUGGACCGGAGACAUACCAGCACACAAUGUUUGGGCUCAGACCAGGAAACAGCAACUGUCAGAGCUGACUGUCAUCUCCAGGCUCAUCCACAAACACCUGGGACCUAACGUGACAGUUUACCCUGCUAUAGGGAACCAUGAGAGUACGCCGGUGAACAGCUUCCCACCACCCUUUGUUCAUGGUAACAGAUCCUGUGCAUGGCUCUAUGAUACAAUGGCAGAGGAAUGGGCACCAUGGUUGCCAGAGCAGGCUUUGCAGACCCUGAGAUACGCAGGAUUCUACACAGUGGAGAUUCAGCCCGGUCUGAGGGUGGUCUCCCUCAACAUGAACUUCUGUGCUCGGGAAAACUUCUGGCUGAUGGUGAACUCCACAGAUCCUGCCAACCAGCUGCAGUGGCUCGUCCAUAUUCUCCAGGAUAGUGAGAACAAGGGAGAGAAGGUGCAUAUCAUUGGUCACAUCCCACCUGGCCUGUGUCUCGGCAGCUGGAGCUGGAACUACUAUCACAUUAUCAACAGAUAUGAAAGUACAGUUACUGGACAGUUUUUUGGCCACACACACCUGGAUGAGUUCCAAAUGUUUUAUGAUGAAGUGACCAUGAGCCGCCCAUUAGGAGUGGCUUUCAUCGCUCCCAGUGUCACUACUUAUGUUAAUCUUAACCCAGGUUUCCGUGUCUACAUUGUGGAUGGAAACUACCAAGGCAGCUCUCGGCUGGUUCUUGACCAUGAAACCUACAUCCUCAACCUCACAGAGGCAAACCACGGUCCAGGAGGGCAAAAAGUCCCAGAGCAGAACCCCAAAUGGACACUGCUGUACCGUGCCACUGAGGCCUACGGUCUGACCAGCCUGUUCCCCUCUGACUACGAGGUGCUGAUGCGGACCUUCAUCAGUGAUGACCGUGCCUUCCAGAAGUUCUGGUACCUCAGACACAAAGGACAUGUCUCAGAGCCCUGCAAGGAGACGUGUAAAACUCAAGUGCUCUGCUUUCUGAGAAGCGGGCGGUCUGAUGAGCUGGAGCAGUGUGACUAUCUCAAUGGUUUUGGAGGAAAUUUAGUCCGAGCUGUCAGAACAACCCUCUGUUGACCUGAGGUUUGGACUGAAUGUCUGGGAGACGAAAAAGCAUUAUGACCAAACAUGAAAUUGAGCCAAAAAGUGGAUUUUUACUUGUUGCUGGUUGGCCAACAAGAUUAGUUACAUUUGUUUGAUAUCAGUCACUUGAGGUAGUUCACAUUACUGAUUGUCUAUGCGAAUUUGGUGAACUUGACCUUUGUUCACAACUGAUUGUAACAGGCCUUGGAUUUGUCAACUGCUGUUAUGCAAAGACUGUUGAAAUUGCCCUGAAAGUUGUGGUUUACUUGAAAUGCACAAAAUUGCAGGAGUUUGGUUGGUUGGUUGGUUGGUUGGUUACUAAAUGUCAUUUUUUUUUUUUUUGCAUUUCUACUGUACUGGGUGCCUUGUAUCAGGAAAAAAAAUAAUGCUAAAGGUAACUUUUUCUUUCAACACCUUGUGACUAGAAUAGCUUGUACCUAACCUUAAGAGGAUGCUAAAUGUUGAGGAUUACCAAAAAGGAUGGGACUAGAAGUACAAAAUUAAGACUCUGCUUUCUUGUGAUGCACAGCAGGAAGUUUGGAUUAAAAUUGAUGACUUUCUGUCCCAUAAUACGCUGUAAAGCAUGUCAGUAGGCACUUGCUUUAUUAAAUUUGGUGGAUUAAUUGUCAGUAAUCACACCUCAGGUUUGAACUUUGUGGAGUUGUUAUAUAGCACACAUCAUCUUCACUCAAUCAUUUUGACUUCCUUAGUCUGCACCUUUCGUAAGGAUUUAGGUCAGUAAAGUAUUUAGCUUAAUUUGAAACACCAUCUGCCUCAGCAGUGAGAUCUUCAAGCCUGUAUAUAUGGAACAGUAUUUCUCAUUGAGGUUUACUUCCGUCUGCACUUUAAUUCUUUGUUGGCUAGUUAACAUCCAGGUUUGAUAGAGCCAAAGUAUGGGAAUGUUCUCAACUCUUGGUCUAUGUGAAUUGUGGUGUAACAUGAGCAUGACAAGUAUUGCAACUUGUAAAAUCAGCAAUGGUUUCAAGAAAAUGUAUAAAUUGUGAAUAAAUGACUAAAUCUGCCAAUA